AUGAAAUUUCCACCACUACGGCAGGGCCCUGCCAGCACCAUUUCUGCAGAGUAUGCAUUAAGAGGUGGAUGCGAGAGGGUUGAAGAGUUUGUCAGCUAUGCAGAACUAACAUCAGUAUGCUACAAAACUGAUCUCACGAAUAGUCAAUCAGCACUACCCAAAGGCAGCCACAGAAUAUGGGUACCUACCAGGCAAAGAAGGUUUUCUUUAAAAAGGCUGUACUGA